AUGUCCGAUUCAGCAGUAGCUACAUCCGCGUCUCCUGUGGCAGCUCCACCUGCACCGGUUGAGAAGAAAGUAACAGCCAAAAAGGCAACGGGCUCCGCUGCCACAAAGGCGAAGAAGACCACUGCACCACCAUCGCAUCCGCCAACUCAACAAAUGGUAGACGCUUCAAUAAAGAAUUUGAAGGAGCGUGAGGGCUCGUCCCUCCUAGCAAUCAAGAAGUACAUUACUGCCACGUACAAAUGCGAUGCUCAGAAGCUGGCUCCUUUCAUCAAGAAGUACCUGAAGUCUGCCGUUGCCAACGGUAAGCUGAUCCAGACGAAGGGAAAGGGUGCUUCUGGUUCGUUUAAACUGUCAGCUUCUGCCAAGAAGGAGCCCAAGCCAAAGCCUUCUUCUGUUAAGAAAAAAACUAAAACCAAGAAGGUAUCCACCAAGAAGACUGGAGCCACCACUAAAAAGGCCGCCGGAGCUGCCGACAAGAAGCCCAAAACUAAAAAAGCCGUGGCUACUAAGAAGACCGCUGAAAAGAAAAAGACCGAGAAGGCCAAGGCAAAGGACGCUAAGAAAUCUGGUAACGUUAAGGCAAAAGCAGUAGCAUCAAAGGUGAAGCCAUCAUCAGCCAAACCAAAGGCAGCUAAAGCCCCAAAGGCUAAACCAGCUGCAUCUGCUAAGCCCAAAAAGACUGUGAAGAAAGCCGCUGCUCCUGCUACCGCAAAGAAGCCAAAAGCUAAGACCACGGCAGCGAAAAAAUAA